AUGCAGGAUCAGACCACAACCUCUGUCGUCGCCCGGACCACCCCGGAAGGCAAUGGGCAGGGUCAAGUCGCGUACUUUGCAACCUUCGCGGAGGUGUUUGGGGAAAAUGCGGAGUAUUACAAGUCGCUUACCGUCGCAGGAGGCGGUUUCCACAACCAGUCCGCUCUGUUCCUUCAGUAUGUCAACUACCAGAACUGGCUGCUGGGCAAGAACAACGUCUCCUAUGCGGAACUGUUCCUCGACACCGACAACCACAUCCACAUCGACCUGUGGAACCUGCUGCCCUUCACGCGGGGAUACGUCAAGAUCCUCAACAGCGACCCCUACCUGCGUAGCUUCGAGUAUAACCCCCGCUAUUUCCAGAACAAGCUUGACCUUUACGGGCAAGCUGCGGCGUCGAGACUCGCGCGUAAGCUGACCCGCUCCGGGAAAAUGGGAGACUUCUUCGGCGAAGAGACGUUGCCGGGGGAGUUGCUGUCCGACGACGCGAGCCUGGAAGACUGGGCGCGCUACGUGAAGCAGAACUUCCGCGGCAACUAUCAUGGCGUUGGGACGUGCAGCAUGAUGAAGAAGGAACUGGGGGGUGUCGUCGACGAAAAUGCCAAGGUUUAUGGAGUUGAGAAUCUUCGCGUGGUUGAUGGCUCUAUUCCCCCUACCCAGGUGUCUUCGCAUGUGAUGAAUGUGUUCUAUGGUAUGGCCGUGAAGAUUUCUGAAGCAAUUCUGAAAGAGUAUGAUGAUAAGAAGUAA